AUGGUGGUCAUCAAGCUCGAAGACUGUGAUAGUCCUGAACCAUUGAAAAAUGUAGGAUAUCUGGAUGUACGACAGAAAAACUUUUAUCAUCUUCUAACACAGACGCUCAGGAGUGAUUGCUUACCCCGCAGCAGUGAAUCCAUCAGCAGCGGCCUGUCCUCUGUUCUUUCAUCUAGAACAAAUCUUUCAAAUGGACAAUUACUUGCAACUGUUACUGGUAAAAUUAAAGGCCAAUGGAAAGCUACUCUGGUUUUUGAUAGUGAUGGAACUGUGCCAACGCCCCUAAGUUGUCAUGGAAUAAAUGUAAACUACAAUGAAUAUGCAAACAUCUUGAAUACGAUUCUUGAAGAUCCAGAUAUUCAGUCUUGUCUGAGUUGGCAGUUCACCAUAAAACCUUUCAUUGUUAUCUGCAUCUUGAUCGUGAUUUGGACCAUUGCCUUCCUUCUUGUCAUUUUCCUGCUCAUUGAUGCCCCAAAAUCAAGUGCCUUGCCCAUCCGACUGAGUGUGUUCCUUUUCCCUCUUGUUUUGUUAUUGGCUGGAUAUUCUGUACGCAAAAUGCAGAAGCAGCAAUGUGCCACGAUUGCCUUACAAAUGUUGAAGAAAUGUGUUCAUAUCAACCAACUGUUAUAUCAACUUGACAGGCCUGUUCUACUCACGGCGUCACAUAAUGAAGGCCACAAAUUCUUUAUUAAUUUUAUUUAUUUUGAUAUUGGUGAUUGUGUGGCAAAUAUACAUUCAUAUUUAGAUGAACUCCAUAGUGAUGAAUCAGAGAAAUUGAUGGCCCUCAUUGAAUUUUAUACUAUGGAUGCAUUUUAUCUGACACAGGGUACUUUAGCUGAAAGAAUUGUUGUGAUGUUGGCUGCACCUUAUUCUUUGCAACUUUUGCACCGUCUCCUACUGAAGCCCCAUCAUGAGCAUCACAUCAGUGGACACAUGUGUUUAUGCCAGUAUACAGAGGAAUUCACAGCAACUUACUUUGCGUCAAUCAAAACUGCCGGAGGAACAGCAAUGCUUAGUUCAUUAUUUUCAAAGUACCUGAACUGUUCUCUACGCAAAAACAGUAUGCACACAGUCAGGGAGAUAUUGCGGAUUGACGAACGGCAUUAA